ACGCUGAGGCAGGAGGAUCACUUGAGCCCUGGAGGAGGAGGCGGCAGUGAGCUAUUUCUCACCCCUGCUAUAACGAAUUUGUCACAGGCUGUUUUAUAAGCCUGGAGCUCAGAAGCCCAAAGUGAGUUUUAGGAGGUUAAAAUCAAGGUGUUGGCAAGGGUAGUUCCUUCUGGAGGUUCCCAAGGAGAAUCUGCUGCUUUUCCUCUUCCAACUUCUAGAGGCCAUCUUCCAUCUUCAAAACCUGCUGUUUCUGCAUAAGAACUCUCAUGAUUAUAUGCCGGCUGCCCAGACACCCCAGGAUAGCCUUCAUAUCUCAAUAUUCUUAAUAUUUGCAAAGUCCCUUUUGCCACGUAAGGUAACACCACAGGUUUGGAGAUUAGGAGGUGGACAUCUUUCAGGGCCAUUCUUAUUUUAAAAAAUGUACUGUCGAUAAGAAUAGUUAAAAUGUAAAAUAUUUGAAGGGAUUUAUUCUGAACUGAAUAUGAGUGACUGCGGCCAGUGACACAGCUCUCGGGAUCCUGGGAACGUGCCCAAGGUGGUUGGGGCAGCUUGGCUUUACACGUUUUAGAGAGACAUGAGGCAUUAAUGAAAUACAUUUAAGAUAUACGUUGGUUUGGUCCAGAAAGUCGGGACCAAACAAACAAAAAAAAGAUUUUUGAACAUGCUUCCCGAGCUCAGGCAUUAAGAACUCGUGACUGAUAGAAACGGAGGGUGUGUCCAAAGUUUUCAGGCCCGCCCAGCGGCGUUCCAAAACCUCUCCUCACAGCUUCGUCCCUUUUGCCUCAGCCACAACAAAUCAUUAUCAACCUGUUCCACCCUCUCCAGUCUGGUAGCAAAAAGGGGUGUCUCAGAAUCUCCGGCCUGUGAAACCGUGGGGGGAUUCGGCCAAGGCGUUCUCUUCCCUCUGCCUCCCACCCAGGCCACUCUUCACCUCCACCAUGAGCCUGGACAUCCGGAGCCUGGACAUCCAAUGUGAGGAGCUGAGCGACGCUAGAUGGGCCGAGCUCCUCCCGCUGCUCCAGCAGUGCCAAGUGGUCAGGCUGGACGACUGUGGCCUCACAGAAGCACGGUGCAAGGACAUCAGCUCUGCUCUCCGAGUCAACCCCACACUGGCAGAGCUGAACCUGCGCAGCAACGAGCUGGGUGAUGCCGGCGUGCACUGCGUGCUGCAGGGCCUGCAGAGCCCCUCCCGCAAGAUCCAGAAGCUGAGCCUCCAGAACUGCUGCCUGACGGAGGCCGGCUGCGGGGUCCUGUCCAGCACACUACGCUCCCUGCCCACCCUGCAGGAGCUGCACCUCAGCGACAACCCCUUGGGGGACGCGGGCCUGCAGCUGCUCUGCGAGGGACUCCUGGACCCCCAGUGCCGCCUGGAAAAGCUGCAGCUGGAGUACUGCAACCUCUCGGCUGCCAGCUGCGAGCCCCUGGCCUCCGUGCUCAGGGCCAAGCCAGACUUCAAGGAGCUCACGGUUAGCAACAACGACAUCAAUGAGGCCGGCAUCCGCGUGCUGUGCCAGGGCCUGAAGGACUCCCCCUGCCAGCUGGAGGCGCUCAAGCUGGAGAGCUGCGGUGUCACCUCAGACAACUGCCGGGACCUGUGCAGCGUCGUGGCCUCCAAGGCCUCACUGCGGGAGCUGGCCCUGGGCAGCAACAAGCUAGGUGAUGGGGGCAUCGAGGAGCUGGGCCCAGGGCUGCUGCACCCCAGCUCCAGGCUCAGGACCCUGUGGAUCUGGGAGUGUGGCAUCACUGCCAAGGGCUGCGGGGAUCUGUGCCGUGUCCUCAGGGCCAAGGAGAGCCUGAAGGAGCUCAGCCUGGCCGGCAACGAGCUGGGGGACGAGGGUGCCCGACUGCUGUGUGAGACCCUGCUGGAGCCCGGCUGCCGGCUGGAGUCACUGUGGGUGAAGUCCUGCAGCUUCACAGCCGCCUGCUGCUCCCACUUCAGCUCGGUGCUGGCCCAGAAUAAGUUUCUCCUGGAGCUACAGAUAAGCAACAACAGGCUGGGGGAUGCGGGCGUGCGGGAGCUCUGCCAGGGCCUGGGCCAGCCUGGCUCUGUGCUGCGGGUGCUCUGGCUGGCCGACUGCGAUGUGAGUGACAGCAGCUGCAGCAGCCUCGCCACAACCCUGUUGGCCAACCACAGCCUGCGCGAGCUGGACCUCAGCAACAACUGCCUGGGGGACGCGGGCGUCCUGCAGCUGGUGGAGAGCGUCCGGCAGCCGGGCUGCCUCCUGGAGCAGCUGGUCCUGUACGACAUUUACUGGUCUGAGGAGAUGGAGGACCGGCUGCAGGCCCUGGAGAAGGACAAGCCAUCCCUGAGGGUCAUCUCCUGAGGCGCUUCCUGCCGCUGCUCUCCCUGGACGACCGGUCUCGAGGCACCCCUGGGGCCCACCAGCCCCUGCCGUGCUCUCACCCUGCAUAUCCUAGGUUUGAAGAGAAACGCUCAGAUCCGCUUAUUUUUGCCAGUAUAUUUUGGACACUUUAUAAUCAUUAAAGCACUUUCUUGGCA